UGUUAUUUUAAUUGUAUAAAAUAUAAUAUAUCAGUUUUAUUUCAUAGGAGCUACAAUGGUCUGGUCGCUUAUGGGUCCAACUAUACGGUUGUUGUGAUGGAUACAACCAACAUGCAACCAGUACAGUGUCUAGAUAGGCACAAGGCUAUUGUAAAUAAUGUGUUGUGGAGUCAUCGAGUAAGAAGCAAAGUUGAUGAAUCUGCUUCGGUGGAACUAAUGUCCUCAGACAUGACAGGACACAUCAUUCACUGGGACAUUACAAUUGGGACUCCUUUAGUUGUCCUGCAGGAUGGAAACAAACCAGUACUCGGGAUGGAGUGGGUACCUGGGGAAAGGAAUGAGCUCCUGCUAGCCACUCUGCAUGCUCCAUACUAUCUCGUCAUGUGGGACAUCAACAAGCAAACGAAACUCUGGAAGAAGGGUUUUUUGGACAACAUAUUCUUUUUUCAGUUCAACCCAUUUAACAAUGCUGAGAUUGCUUUUAUGUGUACGGACUGCAUUCUAUUUCUGGAUGAUUUCAACCCAAACAAGAUUCCUUCAUCUAAUGGGAGGAAGUUCUACAUUUCAAGCCCACGCAUGGGCGAGUCCGAGGACAUCAAUCGUGCCAGAGAACGCUUCAAGAAGUUGAUGAAAGGACUUGUGAUUGGCGAUAGCAAGCCAAGACCUGAAGAUACAAUGACUGUGUCAGAGUGCUUGGGACUGAGCUACCACCGUUCACUGCGACAUCACAUGCUGUUGCAAUAUCCCAGGGACAUAUUGAUCAUCGACUUGCACAUCAACCAGACUGUCGGCAUCGUCACUAUCGAGAAGACCAUGACACCUUUUGUUCAGGUGAUCCCAGCUAGACAACGAGAUGUGUUGUACUGUCUACACGACUCUGGCAGUGUCAGUGUCAAGGUACGCAGGAAAGCAGGAGCUGCCACAGUGUUGGCCUCUCCACUUGAUAUGCCUGAUCCUAUCAACAGUGUGGGUGUACAGGUGAUCCCAGCUAGACAGCGAGAUGUGUUGUACUGUCUACACGACUCUGGCAGUGUCAGUGUCAAGGUACGCAGGAAAGCAGGAGCUGCCACAGUGUUGGCCUCUCCACUUGAUAUGCCUGAUCCUAUCAACAGUGUGGAUGUGAUGACAGGACACAGUGCAGAUGUAUUCUUGAGCUAUGAGCACCGUUGCCAGAGUGAAGUGAUCCGCCAGAUGAAAGGUUCUAAAGUACUAGCUAUCGCUUUGGACCCGAUUACGGAGAAGAAUAUUGUUCUUCUGCUCGGGUCUGGUAAGUUGGUACACCUGGAAUUGGACACCAUCAGUUCUGCCAACCUGGAGGAUACCCCUCUCUGUCUCAGCCAGAUGUUCAGACCAGCCUAUGAUGAGAGAUGUGUAGUGCCGCCGUUGCGACUGAUGACUACAGGACUGCUGAGUGCUGUGGCUAGUCCGCUCACUGUCAUACGGAUGUGUCCGCCACUCACCACUCGCAACCGCUCUCAUUACAACCCCAUCAUGGCGGGGGGUACGCUCAGUGGCACAGUACAGAUUUACAACAUGGCAACAGGUAUUAUUGAAAAAGAGUUGGCACUACACAACCAACCAGUGAGGGGCAUAGAGUGGACCGGGCUGACCAGCUUUCUGUCAUUUGCAUUCUCCAGCCAGACUGGCAAGGUGAACAAUGAGCUGCUUCUCACUGAUGUGCAGUCCGGCCAGUCUACUCCUCUCAGACAGAGCCGGCCAGCCGAGAACCCAAUAGACAUGGUGCGAGUCUCUCCUCUCAGACAAUAUUUUGUCGUGGUUUACAAGGAUGGACCAUUCGAACUGUGGGAUCUGAAGGGGUUGGCACUGCUACGAACUAUGCCCAAAAAGUUUCCCUUUGUUACUGCUUUGGAGUGGUCCCCAGUACACAGUGUCAAGUCUCUGCAAGCCAAAACUGUUCAGCGAAAGUCUAUAGAGGAUUCAACCAUCAUCAGUCCAGUGUCAGAGUCAGGUAUUACAGUUUUCGUUUUUUGCCAAUAAUAAUCUCCCAUUCAU